UAGACCUCCCUGCUUGGUUCCAGGAACGGGUACUUAAGGGACCUCUCCCAAGUACUCGCCCUAAUCAGAAAAUGGGGGUGGCAUCCAUCCUGCCUAUGCCCCCAGUCUAUGACACACCAGAAGCUGCACGUUAACGCAAGAGCGCUGGAGGAAGAAUGUGAAAAUAUGGACAUGAUCACAGAGCUGAAGUUCUUGGUUCCUUGGGGUCAUAUUGCAGCCAAGGCAUGGGGACCACCACAGGGUCGCCCUGUGCUCUGCUUGCAUGGCUGGUUGGACAAUGCAAACACUUUCAGCAGGCUCAUUCCUUUGCUCCCUAAAGACUGCUAUUACAUGGCAGUAGAUUUCGGGGGACAUGGACUGUCAUCCCACCGGCCACCUGGAUUUCCAUAUCACUUCUUGGACUAUGUGGGAGAUGUGCACAGGGUAGCUGCAGCAUUGAAGUGGGAUCGAUUUACUCUCAUGGGUCAUAGUUUAGGUGGAACUGUGGCAGGAAUGUUCUCAUCUAUUUUCCCUGACAUGGUGGAGAAGUUGAUCUUGGUGGAAUCGUAUGGCUUUUUCCCAGCACCUAAGGGUGAUGAGAGGGGCCCAGGAUUAAAAAAGCCAAGCUCCCCAUUCACCCCUAAAGAUGCCCCAUCAAUAUUAGAGGACUAUGAAAGGUUACUAAAGCCCAAACGAAAGCUGUUUGAGGGUCUGCUGAGUUUUGAGGCAAGCAAGCAAGAUUCUGCUAAAGUGCGCAGCCCCCAAGAGGCACUUCAGAGGCUAUUAAAGGCAAACCCACACCUAACAGAAGACAGUGCAAAAAUAUUGCUGCAACGGGGAACAACUGAAGUGCCAGGAGGUCUGGUCUAUAACAGAGAUAUAAGAGUUACUUUGCACAAUCACAGUUUUGUGACUUUGGACCAAUCUUUGACCUUCCUGAAAAACAUCCAGGCCGAUGUACUGAUGAUCAUAGCACAAGAUGGGAUCUUUUCCAUUGAGUCUAAAGAUAUGCCUAUUGUGAAACCCCUGCAAGAGGCAUACAGGACCUUCCUAAAAGAGCGCUUCCACUACGCUGAUGUAACUGGGAAUCACUUUGUCCACAUGAACGAGCCAGAAGUUGUGGCUGGGAUCAUCACUACUUUCUUAAGUGAAGGCAAGAAUGUCAAAGCCAGUCUGUAGCCAGCAUCACCUCCUCCCCUGCUGACUGUCCAGUGGAUGUGUUCUGCAGGAAAAGACAUCCCUUACUACUGCUAGAGUGAGGACAAGACUGCAGCUGAACUUCCUUCAGGUUGCAUUGGAAACAAGUACAGGAAUCUUGGAUGUCUCUAAAAGGUGUGGAAGAAAUGUGGCCACAACUAUUGUUGCCGAGAAUACGCCUUCAAACAGAAGCCACAUUUUUGCUGGUUCUCCGUUGCUGGGUAGCCAGCAUACAUUGUUUUUGCUGAAUGUCUCAGCCAGUUUCAUUCAUGCACACAGACUCCAUGGGACCCCAUGAGCUAUAGGCUGAAGUUGUUUUUACUGGUUUUGGCACAGUAGAUGACAUUUGGCUGAAAGCCUGAUUUUCUAAAUAUACAACAGUUGUUCAUUUAAUAAAAUAAGUAUUCGCUUGUUGUGCUGGUUGAACAAUAAACAUGGCUUACUUUACCACUAGAUCAA